CAUGAAAAUCAACCAUCGUCAGAAAACGAAAAUUGUUGCUACGGUAGGUCCUGCCAGCAGUUCUUACGAAAAUCUUUUGGCAUUAGCUCGGGCGGGCGUAAACGUGUUUCGCCUCAAUUUUUCGCAUGGCUCGCACCACGACCACCAGCAAGUUAUUGAUCAUAUUUCUUACAUCAACGAAAAAUAUCACUUGUAUCUGAGCAUUUUGGCAGAUUUGCAGGGACCAAAACUUCGGGUUGGCAAAAUAGAAAACAAUGAGAUGCCACUUGCACAAGGCGAUAUUCUGACCUUUGUGAAUGAGAAAUGUAUUGGGAAUAAAGAAAGAAUUUAUAUGAGCUAUAACCAAUUUUCAACUGAUGUAAAGCCUGGAGAAAAGGUGCUCGUCGAUGAUGGAAAGGUUGUACUCGAAGUAGUCGAAACGAAUAAAAAGGAUACAGUAAAACUUAAAGUUUUGCAUGGCUCGGUGCUUUCUUCUAACAAGGGCGUAAAUCUGCCUGAUACGAAUGUGUCGUUGCCAGCCUUGACCGAAAAAGAUUUGGAAGACUUGGAUUUUAUCCUUACGCAGCCUAUUCAUUGGAUUGCACUGUCAUUUGUGCGUUCUUCUAAGGAUUUAAAGGAUUUGCGCGAGCGCAUCGAUGCCAAAGGUCAUCCUGCAAAAAUCAUCGCUAAAAUUGAAAAACCUGAAGCUAUUGAAAAGAUUGAUAAAAUUAUCAAACACGCCAAUGCUAUUAUGGUGGCACGCGGCGAUUUGGGCAUAGAAACGCCUAUGGAACGCCUGCCACUUAUCCAAAAGAUGAUUAUUAAAAAAUGUAUACAACGCGCUCGCCCUGUUAUUGUAGCAACCCAAAUGAUGGAUAGCAUGAUAACCAACCCCAGCCCUACACGCGCUGAGAUUACUGACGUUGCCAACGCCGUAUUAGACGGUGCCGAUGCGGUUAUGUUGAGUGGCGAGACUUCGGUAGGUCUGCAUCCUGUGCGUGUGGUAGAAGCCAUGAGUAGCAUCAUCGAAGAAGCAGAAAAACACUAUGAUGUGCAAAGCAAACGCCCAAUGGCUUCUGACAAAUCUAAAACUUUUCUGUCUGACGUUAUUUGUUUUAGUGCAGCUCGAACCGCCGAAGAAAUCAAUGCUAAAGCCAUUGUUGGUAUGACUAGCUCUGGAUAUACAGCCUUUAAGGUCUCGAGUUAUCGCCCAAAUUGCGAAAUUUUUAUGUUUUCUGACCGACCGCAUAUGCUUUCUACGAUGAACCUCAUCUGGGGUGUACGUUGUUUUUAUUAUGAUAGAUUUACGACUACCGAUGAAACGAUUGAAGAUGUAGUCGAAAUUUUACAAAAAUCUGAUGUAAUUAAAUUAGGAGACAUCAUCACGAUGACCACUAAUCCGCUUGAUAUACUUCGCCAAUAUUGGGGUUAUCCUGCCUUUCGCCCACUUCAAGCAGAGAUAAUUCAGUCUGUUUUGGAUAAUAAUGAUACCCUCGCAUUACUACCCACAGGUGGCGGCAAGUCUUUAUGUUUUCAAGUUCCUGCAUUGUGUCGUGAAGGUAUUUGCAUCGUCGUUUCGCCUCUGAUUGCCUUGAUGAAAGACCAAGUAUAUCAUCUCCGAGCGCGAGGUAUUGCCGCUGAGGCCAUCUAUUCGGGUAUGCACUACAAAGAUAUUGACCGAAUUUUGGAUAAUGCUGUUUAUGGGCAACUCAAGUUUUUAUACCUUUCGCCCGAACGCCUAACAACCGACCUUGCCCGAGAACGUAUCAAACGCAUGAAAGUCAAUCUUUUAGCGGUUGAUGAAGCACAUUGCAUUUCGCAGUGGGGCUAUGAUUUUCGUCCAUCUUACCUCCAAAUUGCCGAAUUGCGCGAAUUUUUGCCCCAAGUGCCUAUUUUAGCGUUGACCGCCACAGCAACCAAAACAGUUGUGAUAGAUAUUCAGGAAAAAUUAUUGUUUAGAAAAAACAAUGUUUUACAAAAAAGUUUUGCUCGCCCCAACUUAACCUAUCUUGUAUUAAACGAAGAAACCAAGGAAACUAAGCUCAUUGAUAUUUUAAAAAAAGUGCCAGGCACAAGUGUUGUUUAUGCCCGAAAUCGUCGAAAAACAAAAGAGUUGGCUUUGAUUUUGCAAAAAGAAGGUAUUUCUGCCGAUUUUUAUCACGCGGGCUUGAGCAACGAAGAACGUUCAGAAAAACAAAAUGGGUGGACUUCGGGCAAAAUCCGCGUUAUCGUUAGCACCAACGCU